AUGCUCAAGCCCAAGGACCUGUGCCCCCGAGCGGGUACGCGCACCUUCCUUGAGGCCAUGCAGGCGGGCAAAGUCCACUUGGCCCGCUUCGUGCUGGACGCGCUGGACCGCAGCAUCAUCGACUGCCGCGCCGAGCAGGGCCGGACGCCGCUCAUGGUGGCCGUGGGGCUGCCGGACCCCGCGAUGCGCUCGCGCUUCGUGCGACUGCUGUUAGAGCAGGGUGCGGCCGUGAACCUGCGGGACGAGCGCGGCCGCACUGCACUCAGCCUGGCCUGCGAGCGAGGCCACUUAGACGCCGUGCAGCUGCUGGUGCAGUACAGCGGCGAUCCGGAGGCGACGGACUCGGCGGGCAACAGCCCGGUGAUGUGGGCGGCGGCGUGCGGCCACGGGGCGGUGCUGGAGUUCUUGGUGCGCUCUUUCCGCCGCCUGGGCUUACGCCUUGACCGCACCAACCGUGCGGGCCUCACCGCGCUGCAGCUCGCUGCCUCCCGCGGCCACGGGACCUGUGUGCAAGCCCUCACCGGGCCUUGGGGUCGGGCAGCGGCUGCGGCAGCGGCCCGGGGCUCCAACUCCGACAGUCCCCCUGGCCACUCUGCCCCGGUGCCCAGCCCAGAGCGUCGACGUCCCAGCCCCCGUCGUCUGCCGCGUCCUCUUUUGGCACGGUUUGCGCGAGCUGCCGGCGGCCACGGUCACGGCCAUGGCCACGGCCACGGCCACGGAGGUGAGCUUGCCUCUGCUGGCAAGGGCUCGGGCCGUCAUAGGGCACAAGGCAGCGAGAGGCCAGAGUUGGGCCGGAGCAUGAGCCUAGCUCUGGGUACCAUGACGGAGGAGGAGACAGCACGCCUUAGGGCAGGAGCUCUGAUGGCUCGACCAAACUCACCCCAGUCUUCGGGGAGUGGGCGGUGGCGUUCACAUGAGGUGCUGGAGGGAGCGCCACUAGCCUUAAUGCAAGCCCCGGUCGGCCUUAGUCCUCAUCCCGAGGGUGGCCCCGGCUCUGGCCGCCUGGGUUUGCGCCGACGUUCCACAGCCCCAGACAUCCCCAGCCUGGUCGGGGAGGCUUCAGGGCCUGAGAGUGGUCCAGAAUUAGAGAACAAUGCUCUGCCUUUCUCAGUGCCUGGGCCAAAGCCUUGGCAGGCGGGCACAGAGGCUGUGGUACUUCAGGCUCAGCGGUAA